GCUUAUGUUCAGCAGCUGGAGAAUAGUCGACUUAGGCUUUCGCAACUAGAGCAAGAGCUUCAACGAGCACGGCAGCAGGGUAUGUUUAUUGCAUCUGGAUUUUCAGGUGAUCACAAUCAGUUAAUGGUUGGAAAUGGGGCGCUUACAUUUGACUUGGACUACACACGCUGGCUUGACGAAAAUCAGCGGUUGGUAAAUGAUCUAAGAUCAGCUGUAAAUUCUCAUAUGGGCGACAAUGAAUUGCAUGUUCUUGUCGACGGAGUGAUGUCCCACUACGACGAACUAUUCAGGCUGAAGACCAUUGGAGCCAAGGCUGAUGUGUUCCACAUGCUCUCUGGCAUGUGGAAGACCCCCGCUGAGAGGUGUUUCAUGUGGUUAGGCGGAUUUCGUUCAUCUGAAGUUCUAAAGAUACUUGGGAACCACCUUGAGCCUUUAACGGAUCAACAGUUGAUGGGCAUAUGUAAUCUGCAGCAAUCUUCUCAACAAGCCGAAGAUGCCUUGUCACAAGGCAUGGAAGCUCUCCAGCAAUCCCUUGUGGAAACCCUUUCCUCAACUACUCUUGGGCCUGCUGGAUCGGGAAAUGUCGCCGACUACAUGGGCCAAAUGGCUAUCGCCAUGGGAAAACUUGCCACACUGGAGAACUUCCUUUACCAG